AAACGAUUAAAACAAAAAAGAGAUUCGAAAAUUCAAAUAACUUUUCUGACUAUUCAGCUAAUCAUUCACCUCUUAUCAAACUCACCUCUUAUCUUAUCUAUAAAAAAUCGUUAAAAACUUCACCUUACUUCAAACUUGUAUGAAUCGAAUCUCCCAGUCAAACUCUCUCUCUGCCAAAUUUCCCGGCAAAACCCAAUCAAUCACAAUUACAAUAUGACCCUCUUACCCUUCGUAUUUCUCUUUCUCACCUCACUACCCUUUUCUGUAAUUUCGCAGUUCGACGAACGGUCAACACUCCUUAACCUGAAACGAAGUCUCGGAGACCCACCGUCUCUCCGCCUAUGGAACAACACAUCUUCCCCGUGCGACUGGUCGGAGAUUACCUGCGUCGCCGGAAACGUCACCGGAAUAAGUCUCAAGAACCAGAUCACCACCGCGGUUCCGACCAACAUAUGCGAUUUCCCAAACCUGGAAACUCUCGACUUGUCGUCUAAUCGAUUCUCCGGAGACUUUCCGACCGUUCUCUACAACUGCACCAAGCUUCGCCAUCUCGAUCUGUCCCAGAACUACUUCAACGGCACUCUUCGCAUCAACCGUCUCUCACCAGAACUCGAGUUUCUCGACCUCGGUGCCAACGCCUUCUCCGGCGAUAUCCCAAAGAACAUCGGUCUGCUCUCCAAGCUCACGGUUUUGAAUCUUAACAUGAGCGAAUACAACGGUACGUUUCCGCCGGAGAUAGGAGACUUAUCGGAGCUCCGAGAGCUUCGUUUGGAGUACAACGAUAAUUUUUUGCCGGCGGAGAUCCCGGCGGAGUUUGGGAAGUUGACGAAACUCAAGUACUUGAGGUUCACGGAGAUGAAUUUGAUCGGAGAAAUCCCAGCCGUUAUUUUUGAGAAAAUGACGGAUCUCAAACACGUGGACUUGUCAGGUAACAAGUUAUCGGGUCGGAUCCCAGACGUCUUAUUCGAGUUGAAGAACCUAACCAUCCUCUAUCUCUGCGUAAAUAACCUAACCGGAGAAAUCCCCAAAUCUAUUUCGGCGACCAACAUUGUUGAACUUGAUCUCUCCUAUAACAAUUUAACCGGUUCGAUUCCGGAGUCGUUCGGGAACUGUGGGUCCCUCCGCUCAGUUCAUCUACAGAACAACCGCUUCUCCGGUGAGUUUCCUUCCGGGAUAUGGACUGCUAAAGAGAUACAUAGUCUCCAGGUGAGUAACAACUUCUUCACCGGGAAAUUACCGGAGAAACUUGCUCGCAAGCUUUCAAGGAUUGAUAUCGAUAACAAUGAGUUUUCCGGUGAAAUUCCUCGGACAAUUACUACUUGGUCUUCCCUUGAAGAGUUCAAGGCUCGAAACAACCGGUUCUCCGGUGAGAUCCCCACGGAGUUAACGUCCUUGUCAAGACUCAUAUCGAUCUUCCUCGACUCGAAUAAUCUCUCCGGCGAGUUACCAGAUGAAAUCAUCUCAUGGAAGUCGUUGUCAACGUUAAGUCUAUCACAGAACAAACUUUCCGGGAAGAUUCCUAGAGCUCUAGGGUUGUUGCCGCGCUUGUCCGGUCUUGAUCUAUCGGAUAAUCAAUUCUCCGGAAAAAUCCCACCGGAGAUAGGGAAUCGGAAGUUCAUAACACUUGAUUUGUCAUCAAACAUGCUCACCGGAGAAGUACCAGACCAACUUAAUAAACUUAAGUACUUGACAAGUUUCUGGAACAACACCAAUCUCUGUGCAGACAAGCCAGUUGUUAACUUACCGGAUUGUCAGAAAAUGCUUCGGAGAUCAAAACAGUUGCCUGGGACACUCCUCGCAAUAGUCAUUGCUGUUCUGCUCCUCGCCUUCACUUUUAUUGUCACGUUCUUUGUGGUUCGGGACUGCACAAGGAAACCAAGAAGAGAGAGAGGCUUAGAGACGUGGAAGCUAACUUCUUUCCACAGAGUAGACUUCGCGGAACACGACAUCGUUUCGAAUCUGAUGGAACACAAUGUGAUCGGGAGUGGAGGAUCAGGCAAAGUUUACAAGAUACACAUCGGAUCCUCAGGAGAAAACGUAGCGGUGAAGAGGAUAUGGGACAACAAGAAGCUUGACAAGAACCUCGAGAAAGAGUUCAUUGCUGAAGUUGAGAUUUUGGGGACGAUCAGGCACGUGAAUAUAGUGAAACUACUGUGUUGUUUCUCCAGAGAGGAUUCAAAGCUUCUGGUGUAUGAGUACUUGGAGAAACGCAGCCUGGAUCAAUGGCUACAUGGUAAGAAGAAAGGAGGUGAUGCAGAGGCUAAUGGCUUGAAUUGGGCACAGAGGUUGAAUAUUGCGGUCGGUGCAGCGCAAGGACUUUGCUAUAUGCAUCAUGAUUGUACUCCUGCGAUCAUACACAGAGAUGUCAAGUCAAGCAACAUAUUGCUUGAUUAUGAAUUCAACGCCAAGAUUGCUGAUUUCGGGUUGGCUAAAUUGUUGGUUAAGCAAAACCAACAACCUCAAACUAUGUCAGCUGUUGCUGGAUCCUUCGGUUACAUUGCUCCAGAAUACGCAUAUACCUCAAAGGUGGAUGAAAAGAUCGAUGUGUAUAGCUUCGGUGUAGUUUUGUUAGAGCUGGUGACUGGAAGAGAAGGUAACAACGGAGAUGAACAUACAAACUUGGCAGAUUGGUCAUGGAGGCAUUACCAAUCUAAGAAACCGAUCACAGAGGCUUUUGAUGAGGACAUCAAAGGUGCUUCUAACACGGAAGAGAUGACAACAGUGUUCAAGCUAGGUCUGAUGUGUACUAACACAUUGCCUAGUCACAGACCUUCCAUGAAGGAGGUCUUGUAUGUUCUUCGCCAACAAGGACUUGGGGCGACUCAAAAGACUGCAACUGAGGCACCUGAGGCACCUCUACUUGUUAGUUUAUCUGGUCGGAGGACGACAAGUAAAAGGGUAGAAGGUGAAGCUUUAGGUUUUGUAUAAUAAUCAAUAAUCACACAAUUUUGAGGUUGGUUUUAGGGUUUUUACCGCAUGUGUUGUGUGUAAACAAAGUAAAGUUUAAGGCUAAUUAACUAGAUAAGUUCUUAUGUUCAGAAUAAAUGAAUGAAAGUAGUCUUUAUAAAUUUGGUAUUUCUCUUAUUUUGAAUCAAGGGAAGAUGCAUAGUUUUA